CGACUCCCCAGUACUUAUCAGACCGGCAAGCGGGAAGGACCUUUCGCGCGUCGCGUUGUUAUGCGCUAUCCCCAACCGUGGACUCUAAAAUGCCGACCGAUAUUAUACCGUCUUGUCGUACCGAACACUUCGGGCCUAGUUUCAGUAAGAAAUCGUGCGACGCGGAGCAAAAAUCCGGCUUUUUAGUGCUGCUGGGCCAAAGCGGGAUGCGAAAAGACGUGCGCGUGGUUGUGUACAGAACCUCUUUGGAGCACUUUGCUGUGAUAUAUCCUAGGAAGCGGCUAUCGAAGCCUCUAUGUGUGGUUAAUUUGCGGAACACGGCAGUGGAGCGAGACGAAGCGAACGGAUUUUUUGUUAGACAGAAAGGGUACGACAACGCAGUGUCCGCGAGGUUUCUUUGCUCCGAGAGGGACAUGGAGGCUUGGUUGUCGGCGUUUUCCGCGCAUACAUCGCAGCCCUGUCCGCACCAGUCGAGUCUGCCGGUGCUAGUCGAAACAGAGGAGAGCUAAGCAGUCGAUUUUAUCAUCUAUGUGAUCUGAGUUGUCUUACUCUCGGAGAUUUCUCACGAAAUCACUAACGAGGUUAUGUUUGUUUUGCAAUGAUGCGAAAGUGAAAGUUGCAGAUUUUUUGCGAGUGCACGAAAGUCAAUCGCACCCACAUUGCCAGGCCGAGCCUGAAGUUCUGCGAACUUAAGAGUCACUGGAAAGUAGUCGUUAAUAUUUGCUAAUUGUUAAUUAAGAUAUCUAGGUUCCUACCUACCUGAUGACCUAGGUACCUAUUUCAAAUGUCUCGUAGAUUUUUCUUCCUAAUUAUAAUUAAUUAUUAUUAUUAUAAGAGUGAAAUGGGAGGCUUUCAAAGUGGAGAUUGAAUUCGACGUUAUAGGUCAAAAAAACCGGCCAUGUGCGAGUCAGACUCGCGCACUGAGGGUUCCGUACACGGGUAUUUUUUCCAACAUUUUGCACGAUAAAUCAAAAACUA